AUGUAUGCUCCUUGGUUACGUUUCUAUGAUCUCAAUUCUCAACUUAACAUACUUAAAUUGGGUUUUAAUCUAUUAUUUACCAUUUCUCAGGAAGGAGCAGGACACCAAGUUCUAUCAGCUUCUGUUGAGAUUGUAUUUGAUAACUCUGACAAUCGCAUCCCCGUUGAUAAAGAGGAGGUGCACCUGCGGAGAACAAUUGGUACACAGAAGGAUGAAUACUUUUUGGAUGGGAAGCAUAUAACGAAAACUGAAGUUAUGAGUCUCUUAGAAAGUUCUGGGUUCUCCCGUUCCAAUCCAUAUUAUGUUGUGCAACAAGGGAAGAUUGCAUCAUUGACUUUGAUGAAAGAUGCUGAACGACUUGAUCUACUGAAGGAAAUUGGUGGGACUCGAGUUUAUGAAGAGUGUCGUUGCCAAAGCUUGAAAAUUAUGCAAGAAACUGGCAAGUGGUUCAUUGUUAUUGUUAAGAAACCAGGAAAUAAGAGAAACCAGGUAAUUCAAGUGAUACAAUACGUGGAUGAGAGAUUAAAAGAGUUGGAUGAAGAGAAAGCAGAGUUGAAGGAUUAUCAGCAGCUUGACAAGCAGAGAAAGUCUCUAGAAUACUCCAUAUAUGAUAAACAAUUAAAUGAUGCACAACGGGAGUUGGAUGAGGUGAACAAGGAGCGACAUGGCAUUUCCGAGGAAUUAGUUAGGUAUUCUAAGUCAUCUGUAGAGAAAGAGGAAGAAUUAGAGAAAUUAGAUAAGUCAUUUAAAGAUCUCACAAGAGAAGUUCAGGGUUUGACUCGAGAUAAACAAACAAUAGAGAAACAACAAACAGUAGCUGUUAAAAAGCACACAGAGGUUGAUCUUGAUGUCAAAGAACUUGAAGAGAAAAUCAUUGGGAGUACUAAAGCCAAGGAUGAAGCUGAAAAACAGCUUGAGGUUCUGCAUAGGGAAAUCAUGGAGUCCACAGAAGAGCUAAACAAAAUCAGGCCUUUGUAUGACAAGCAAGUUAAAGAGGAGGAGGAUAUCACCAAAGAAAUUAUGGAAAAGGAAAAGAAGCUCAGCAUACUCUACCAUAAGCAAGGUGGUGCAACCCAGUUCUGUUCUAAAGCUGCACGUAAUAAAUGGCUUCAAAACGUUAUCGAUAAGUAUAACAAGGUUCUGUCCUCAGAUGAGGAGCAGGAGAAACGACUCAAUGAUGAAAUCGGUAAACUUGAGGGAGAUAUGGCAGCACAAGAUGCAUAUAUCCAAAGUCAUCAAAGGGAGAUAAUUUCUUUAGAAACUCAGAUAUCAGGUUAUCGCGAGGGUCUUAACUGUUACAAGUCAAAGAGGGAUGAGCUUCAUGAUAAGCGGAAGUCUUUGUGGGGGACAGAAAGCAAACUUAUAGCUGAAAUCGAGCUUCUUAAAGUAGAACUUGAGAAGGCAAAAAAAAACUUAGCUUAUGCUACUCCUGGGGAUAUAAGGAGGGGAAUUAGUUGUGUUCGGAGAAUCUGCAAAGACUACAACAUUCGUGGAGUGUUCGGUUCAGUUAUCGAGUUGCUGGAAUGCAAUGAAGAUGUAUUUACUGCUGUUGAAGUCACUGCUGGGAACAGCUUAUUCCACAUGGUGGUUGAAACUGAUGAAAUAUUUAACAAAGUGAUUCGACACCUCAACACAAAGGAAGGUGGAAGAGUUACAUUUAUACCUCUUAACCGGGUUAAGGCUCCUCAUGUCACUUAUCCUCUAGAAACAUCUGGUGUGAAGCCUCUUCUUAAGGAAUUGAAAUAUCACCCUAAGUAUGAUCAAGCAUUUUCUCAGGUAUUUGCUAGAACAUUGCUUUGUGACAACUUGAAACUUGCUACUCAGACCGCUAGUACUCAUGGUUUGGACUGCAUUACAUACGGAGGUGACCAAGUUAGCAAAAAAGGUGGUAUGACCGGUGGAUUUUAUGAUAAAAGAUGUUCAAAGCUGAAGUUUAUGAAACUCAUUCGACAAAAUACCUUGUCAAUCACUGCAAAGGAAAUCGAACUCCAAAAUGUCAGAUCACAACUUGAUAUUCUAGACAAGGAAAUCAAUGCAAUUGUUUCUGAUAAGCAGAAAGAUGAUGCUAAGCUGCGUCACGAGAAAUCAGAUGUGGAACAGCUUAAGCAAGAAGUUGCUAAUUAUAAAAAGAACACACGGAAAAUCUCCGAAGUUCUAGAAAAGAAGAAGAAGUUGCUUGCAAAUGUAAAGACUCAAAUUGAGCAGGUCAAAAGUAAUAUUGAAAUGAAAAGAGAUGAGAUGGGAACAGAACUUGCUGAUCACUUAACCCCAGAGGAAAAGGAUCUCCUGUCACAAUUGAAUCCUGAAAUAACAGAACUCAAAGAAAGGCUUGUAACCAGCAGGAGAACCCGAGUAGAGAUUGAAACAAGAAAAUCAGAGCUUGAGACUAAUCUAUCAACGAAUCUUGCUAAAAGGAAACAAGAACUGGAGGAAGUGAAAGAGUCUCAAGAAACUGAUACUUUAAAUGUUGAAGCUGAAGCAAAGAAGCAGGAAUUGCAAGAUGCAAAAAUGUUUGUUGAACAAGUGAAAAAACAGCUCAAAAGAGUAUGUGAAAGCAUAGACAAUCGAAACAAGGAACUCAUGAAUAUGAACAAAAAGAAGAGUGAUUUGAAGGCUCAUUUGGAGGAGUAUAAAAAGACCCGCCAAAAUAAAGAUAAAAGAGCAGAACAACUUAUUAGUAGAAAAAACAUUUUACGAAUAAAACAAGAAGAAUAUGCCAAGAAAAUCAGAGGAUUGGGUCCAUUAUCAUCAGAAGUGUUCGAAAUGCACAAGUGGAAGAGCAUAAAGGAAUUAUACAAAAUGUUGCAUGCGUGCAAUGAGCAAUUAAAGCAGUUUAGUCAUGUAAACAAGAAAGCACUUGAUCAAUAUUCCAACUUUAUAGAUCAAAGAGAAGAACUUCAGAAACGACAACAAGAACUUGAUGCUGGUGAUGAGAAAAUCAAAGAACUUAUAUCAAUACUGGACCAACGUAGGGAUGAAUCUAUAGAGCGUACCUUCAAAGGCGUGGCUAAACAUUUUCGAGAAGUAUUUUCUGAACUUGUCCAAGGUGGUCAUGGAUCUUUGAUAAUGAUGAAGAAUAAGAACGGUGACCCUGCUGAUAAUGAUUAUGAUGAGGAUGAGCUUCCUGUAGCUGAUAGAGAGGGGCGCAUAGAAAAAUACGUCGGUGUGAAAGUAAAGGUCUCUUUCACUGGACAAAGGGAGACACAGUCCAUGAAACAAUUGUCUGGAGGCCAAAAAACCGUGGUUGCAUUGGCACUCAUAUUUGCCAUACAGCGAUGUGAUCCAGCUCCAUUUUAUCUUUUUGAUGAGAUCGACGCCGCACUAGACCCUCAGUACCGAAAAGCAGUCGGAAAUAUGGUUCGUCGUGUGGCAGAUAUGGCAAAUACACAAUUCAUUACAACAACAUUCAGGCCCGAACUCGUGAGAUUUGCUAGCAAGAUAUAUUGUGUGACACAUAAAAACCAUGUUAGUCGUGUAAAUGUUGUCACCGUGGAAGAAGCGUUGGAUUUCAUUGAGCAUGACCAAUCACAUAAUGCCGAAUGA